CAGCCGCAGCCGCACGGGUCGAAGAGGCAGCAGCAGCCAUGGUGCUCGCGCGCAAGAAGCUGAAGCAGAAGCUCCACACCCUCGUCCCCUCCGGCGACGCCGAGGCGGCAGAGCAUGAAGCGGAGGCGCAGGCCGUGAAGGAGCGGCUCACCUCCUCCAAGCGCCCCCGCCCCAGGCGGCCCAAGAAGUCCAAGAAGUCGCUCCCUGAAGAAGUGUGGCAGACGGAGGAGGAGUGGAGGAAGGAGGUGGAACGGAGGAGGGAGGAGAGGAGGAAUAAGAAGAAGGAGAAGAGGAGGAUCAGGAGGUUGACGGAGGCGGAGGCCGCGGCGGCGGCGACACAGCAGUCGGGAGGGGAAGCGGAGGCCAAGGAAGAGACGGUGGAAGUGACCGACCCUGCUGUCGGGUCCGAGCAUCCGGUUGAGGCAGAGGAUAGGGAGCAAACUAUAAAGAAUGUGGAAGUGCCUGAACCAAGAGUUAGGUCCAACAAUCCCGUCGUUGCAGAUAAUAGGGAGCAAAAUCACAAGGUGGAAGUGGCCAAAUCUGGAGCUGGGUCCAACAAUCCUGUCUUCACAGAGAAUAGGGAGCAAAGCAUAAAGAAGGUGUAUGUUGGUGGCAUCCCAUACUAUUCAUCGGAGGAUGACAUAAGGAGUUUCUUUGAAGGGUGUGGAAGUAUCACAGCUAUCGACUGCAUGACUUUUCCCGAGAGUGGGAAAUUCAGGGGUAUUGCCAUUCUCACAUUUAAGACUGACGCUGCCGCCCAGAGGGCAUUGGCUCUUGAUAGUGCAGAUAUGGGAGGAUUUUAUCUGAAAAUCCAGCCUUACAAAUAUUACCGUGAGAAGGAAGAUUUUGCACCAAAGUUGAUAGAGGGAUACAAUAGGAUAUAUGUUGGAAAUCUACCAUGGGAUAUAACAGAAGAUGAUAUAAAAAAGUUCUUUUCUGAUUGCAAGAUUUCGUCCAUCCGAUUUGGAAGAGACAAGGAGACAAGUGAUUUCAAGGGCUAUGUGCAUGUUGAUUUUUCUGAUGGCACAUCUCUUGCUGUUGCUUUGAAGCUUGACCAGAAGGUGAUUAAGGGACGGCCAGUCAGAAUCAGAUGCGCUGUUCCCAAAAAGGAUAACCAGAAAGUCAAUGAUAAUGGGAACUCGGAUCCUUCAAAGAAUAAGAUCCGGGCAUGCUAUGAAUGUGGCACCCCUGGGCACCUCUCUUCUUCGUGCCCAAAUAAGAAGGAUUCUGAAGUACGGACAUGCUAUGAAUGUGGCAGCCCUGGGCACCUCUCUUCUUCUUGCCCAAAUAAGAAGGAUUCUGAAGUACGGAUAUGCUAUGAAUGUGGCACCCCUGGGCACCUCUCUUCGUCUUGCCCAAAUAAGAAGGGUUCUGAAGUAAUUUCUGAUGAAACGAAGGCUAAUGUUGACUCUGCCACAGCAUCCUCGAAGAAGAGGCGGACAUGUUAUGAAUGUGGGACACCUGGCCAUCUCUCAUCGGCUUGUCCAAACAAAAGGGCAGCAGACUCUGUUUUGAACAACAUGGAGCUUGAUGAUGAUGCAAAGGCUGCACCUACCUUGGUGUCCGAGGAAAAGAAAUUAGGCGAUGAAUCAAAUUCAGCACCUUCGAAGAAGAGGCGGAAAUGCUACGAGUGUGGCAUUUCUGGUCAUCUCUCAUCCGCUUGCCCCAACAAAAAGGCUGCUGAGGUUGUCUGCAAUGAAGAGAAACCUGAUGAUGGCUCAAAUGCUAUUCCUUCAGCCAUUGCCGAUGAAAAGAAGGCCAGUGACGACACAAAAUCUGUGCCUCCAAAGAAAAAGAAGAGACGCACAUGCUAUGAGUGUGGCAUCGCCGGCCAUCUCUCGUCAGAGUGCCCAAACAAGGCAGCUGCUGAGGUCAAAUGAUCUUUUUUGUUCUUCAGGAUUUAACCCCAUUGUAUCGUAUGGUUUGUUCCUUCAUUCGAGCAGCAAAGUUUUUAUCUGUGAAGGAAAAGUGAAGUUUUGUCAGUAGGUUGCAGUCUAGGCACAAUAGACAAGUGUUGUUAUCUUUCCUUACCAAAUUUUGAAUGCAUGAUAAAGUAUACCCGGCCGGGAUUAUUAGAACUUGAUUUGAACACAGUAGGAAGGAAUGAGUUUGUAUCCAUUUCAUUGAUCCAAGGCAGUUGUCGAUGGGGAGAGAUCAACCGCAACAGGGAUCAUUAUUCAGUUUUUGGGAAAGAGUUUGCUGGAAUCACCAUCAUCUAUUACAACUGUUUUGUUGAGAAAAUGUAUCAUUAAUUCAUGAGCUGGGACUGUGGACCGAUCGUGGCACGGGCCGGCGUUCUCCAGGUUUCACGAAGUGAGAAAAAGAAUUGCGCAAGGAACCAGAUUUGUUCUUUGAUACUGCUGCACCAAGAAUUCAGGUUUGACAUACCAAUGGUUCUUGGGUUUUGAUGCAGCGGUUGCGGAAUCUUGAAGUAAAUCAUGAAGCAAAAUUCUACUUUUGAUCUCUUAUGCGGAGAACAACAGACGCAAUACAAGAUGCAAGUUCAGACUGAGGUGGACAGAAAAUCUACUUGGGGCAUGAAUAAUGCUAGGUGCCUAUGACUAGGUGCUUAAGGAAAGAUGAGGUGAAGUUGCAGGGACAAUAAGAAUUCCAAGCGCCAAUCAUCGGUAGCCGCUAAAGGAAACUGCAAAUUGCCCAUUUGUGUCUCUGGACAGAUGAACAUCAUGCUGUCCUGUCAAUGAACAUCUAUUAGAGCAACUUGUGGGAAGAGAACAGUUAUCCUUUUUAUAUUGACUUGGGCUCCGGUGAGGGAUUAUGUUACUUCAGGAUGCAGAAAGGACCAUUUUGCCAACUGUCCUUUGCAAAUCGUUUGAUCCUUGAA